AUGAUUGAUCGUAAAGCUCCUCUUUUAUACGAACCAGAUGUUGUCAAUCAAGCUAUUCGUCGAUAUGAGACAUACUGGCUUCCAAUGCAGGCUAAAAAUAGUGACAUGAACGUUAUCCCUCCUUUAGAUGUUCAUUGGAUAUGGCAUUGUCAUAUGUUGAGUCCAACACAUUAUCAAGAGGAUUGUGAGAAAGUUUGCGGCAAAGUGAUUGACCAUCAGCUGUUGUCUUCGGAUGAAAUCCAAAAAAGAUACGAGUCAUCAGUUCGUGCUUGGGAUGCUUUUUGUUCUCCUGAACCGUACGACUUUUUGGCUUCCCCUGCUCCGGCACCUACUUAUAAAUCUAAAUGCUCAUACGAUAUUGCUGCUGCAGUGCAACGCCAACGAAAUUUCAACUAUCAAGUAUCUCUUCCUCAUUAUACUUCUAAUAAAUUUUUGAAAGAUGCUGUUAAACGUUAUGUAAACUUUCUCUUACUAAAACAAGCAUAUCCGGAUCAGUUUUUGACCCCAUGUUAUGACUUCGAUCUCAUUUGGCAUACCCAUCAGGUACACCCUCUUAGUUAUCAUCGGGAUUGUAUAGCCAUUUUUGGAAAUUUAUUGAAACACGAUGAUUCUGUGAAUGAUCGAAACAAAGGUAGCAAGUUACUCAAAGGAGAAGCCAUAACAAAGAAGCUUUGGGCAACUCACUUCGAAGAUUCUUUCUGGAGAAGGGGAUGCAUGUUUCGAGGACAUAACGCCCCAUCUUUUCUGGGAUUUGAAAGUCAAGAUCUCUCUAAUAUUGCUUAUGGUGACAUACAUGUUCCUUCAAUUGCCCUCAAAGAUAUUCCUGUUCAACGAGAACAAUUACGACUGAAAUUAUGCUACGGAAAUAAGAAAGUCACAACAUUUAAUGCUGAUUUAUCACAGAAACAGGUAACGAAAUCGGGUUUUUCACUUGUAUGGCAACCAACUGACUCUAGUACUUCUGCCUCGAUUGUAAAAUUUCCAUUUGAACGAACAAUAGCUAAGGACUUAACGGUCGAGUUAGAAGUUUUCGACAAAGUAUUCUUACAACGAAAAGAUUUGAUUCGAUUGAUCGGAAGCGUUUCACUAGAAAGAUUAUUACCUCCCUUAAACUCCAAGUCUGCACACAAUGUAGCUGAAAUCUUUCUGCGAUCUAAGGAUUCCGACAAAGAGCUCUGUGCACGAGUUAAUGUGACAACAAGUGUGACUCUAAACAGAGAGCUUCAACUAAUCUCGGGAGAGUUUGUUGAGCGAACCAUCCAACAAGAUUCUCAUUUGGCAUAUUUAUGUCAGUGUGCAUCUUUGAAUCGUAGUGCUUUGUCAUCGAAUACCAUCGUUCACAUGGCGACACACAAUGUUGUUGAUGCUCGUGACGGGACGAAAUAUACUGUUCAAGUUGUACAUUCGGCUCCACUACUGCUUUCAAUGAUUUUAGUUUAUGGACGAGAGCAGCGGUUAUUAGCAAUGGCUCAUUUAAUUGGAGCUGAUUCACUACCCAGCAGAGAUCAAUUAGACAAUAAUUUAUUUUUACCACAUUUAUCCAAUCCCGAUGAACGAGCAUUUGUCAUCUGUAACAAAGAUGGAGAUUAUGCUAUAGUAAAAGGAAGAUGGACAGGCUUCUCACGCAAACAGCAAGCUAAUAAAGGUCAGAAAGCUAAGCCAGGUAAUCCUGGACGCCUUCUCGUAGAUGCUUUCAAUCUUCUGAAGAAUACAGUUCAGAAGCUUGAAGUGCCAACACCAGAGGGAUCAGCUCUAUUCGUUAUCGGAGAUGCUCAAGCAAGGUUGCCAGGAAAACGCAUUGAAUGUCGAUCAACUAACACAGCCGAGCAAAUUGCUUCUGUGUUUUGUGUUUCAACACUUUUCGUUCUCUGCAAUCCUGAUAAGAUUCGUUCGCGAUCUGAUACAACUUCUGUCGGUCAUCAAGCUCAUAAAUGGCCCUUAACAUUGGCGUGCGGAUAUGGAAAACAAUUACCUACCAAUAGAGUUCUAGUCAAUUACGAGGGAGAAGGUAUCUUGGAAGUUGCUCCGAUGGUUAUGGCCAUGUGUGGAGGAGCUUGUGAUGCUGCAGCUUGUGGAGCCUGUGGUGCAUGUGGUGCUUGUGGAGCCUGUGGAGGUUGUGGUGGUUGCGGGGGAUGUGGCGGUUGUGGGGGUUGCGGUUAG